AACACAGAACCAUGGAUGCGACUCGUUUAAAAAAGAAAAGCGCCAUUUGAUCAAAAUAGGCUCACCUAAACGUCAAUUAUCGCCACGAAAGUGACCAGACAAGCUCAAAUGGUGGAAAUGUCGACAAAGAAACUAGCCAAAGAAUUGGGACUGCUGAGGCAGCGUAGUCAGUCGUCCAUCGGGGGAAAAAAGGCUCUGCUGUCAAAUCAAACGUUUCCAUACCUGAUCGUCAUUGAUUUUGAAUCCACGUGCUGGCGAGAGAAAAACAACCACACUCAGGAAAUUAUCGAGUUCCCUGCCGUUCUUCUCGAUACAUCCACGGGGGAGAUUGAGUCCGAGUUUCACUCAUACGUUCAACCUCAGGAACGUCCCAUACUGUCAGCCUUCUGCACCGAGCUAACUGGGAUCACACAGACACAGGUGGAGGCAGGGGUCCCCCUCCGGAUUUGUCUGUCUCAGUUCGGCCGCUGGCUGCAGAAGCUACAUCUGGAGAAGGGUGUGGUCUUUCCCGCCCAGCAACAGAGCUCCUCCUCUGAGAAUCCCGAACAAAAGCUCUGUGCUUUCCUCACAUGGUCAGAUUGGGAUCUUGGUGUUUGUUUGCACUAUGAGUGCAAACGCAAGCAGAUCCACAAACCCAACGUACUGAACAGUUGGAUUGACCUGAGGAGCACAUACCGGAUGUUUUACAGCAGGAAACCCAAAGGCUUGAAUGGAGCGCUACAAGAUUUGGGAAUACAGUUUUGUGGCAGAGAACAUUCCGGUCUGGAUGAUGCCAGGAACACAGCUCAGCUGGCAACGAAGAUGAUGAGUGAUGGAUGCGUGAUGAAGAUCACAAGAAGCUUGGAGAGGGCCCCACUGACAGUUAAACCCACGAUGACAAAAACCAGCGAAAAAGCACGUGGUCACAACAGUGAAGACCAUCAGAGCGCAAAAAAUAAAACGUCCACAGGGAAUAACAAACUGAUCCUAAACCCUGUGGACCAAAAUUCUGUUCAGACUCUCGUGUCCCCAAAGACAGUUCUUGAUAGUAAGACAACACCACUGUGGGGCAUCCGGAACAACAACAAAAACAAUGGCCUGGUUCUGUGCUCCACCAUCAUUGGCAGCCUCGAACCUUCAACCUCAAAUUCUGAAAGCGCGGAGGAGUUCUCUGUGGAAGACGAGGCCCGGUCCACGUACGACGACGUGGUUCUAGAGGACUCGGAGGGGGUACUUGUUACUGAUUGCGACGCGGAGGAUUCUGAUGAUCCAGGGUUGGAUAAAUCAAACACACCUCAGAUAUUCAAGUCCAAAAGCUUCUUCCAGCUCCAGGAGAGGACUCCCACCCCUGACACAAACAUGUUGCGUCCUGGAGGCGCUACCACACGUGCAUCCGGGAAGCAAAAUGGCGGCAUCCUUUCGACGACCAAUCAGAAGAUGACAGCACCGCUGUGCGACUGUGGACGCCGUGCCAAGCGUCUCCAGGUGUCCAAUGGGGGGCCCAACCAGGGCAAGGGGUUCUACUGCUGUUCUGGCCGCCGCUCGGGUUGUGGCAGGGUUGCCGGGGCAACCAAGAAUAAGGGGUGCCAGUUCUUCAAGUGGGAGUCGGCACUAAAGGCUAGGUGGUCCCUUUCGUUGGCUCACGUCACAGCCACACGGCCGACUCAGAGGUCCACACUCAGGAAGAGCUGGUAAUAUAGUCGAGAUAGACCGGUGUUUGUUUUUGUUUUUUUUCCCCAGGACCAAUUACGAUUAUUAGUAGUCAAGGAGGCCGAUAAAUUAUAUUUGGAGCUGAUAUUCAUUUGCAGUAAAAGAGAAAAUAUUGGCUUCAAUUUUUUUAAACUCUUAGAUUCAUUUACCCUAAUUUUUCUGUGUAUAAUACACAUUUCUUUGUUAAAAAAAAUAAAAUAAAAAUCAUAAAAAAUUGAGGGUGGAUUUUAGGUGUAAGAAAAAUUUGUCCGCCUUAACCUGGUGAAAAUCAAUGUAAUAAACGUGCCUCGUACUACCUCCUAGGGGUGGGUGGGUGUUUGACAUAACAGGGCAUCGGAUUUAGCGUCUUACAAUCAGAAUCGUCUUUAUUCGCCAAGUGUGUCAAAAACACAAGGUAUUUGUCGCUGGUCUGUUGCUUUAAAUAGCGUUGCCGUAAAGGAUUUUGGGUAAUAUAUCUUUCCUUUUGUAAAGGUUGGUUAAGUAACCUAUGCUAAAGGUGGCUUAAAGGGUGUAUCGAGGCAUCCAUCCAUUCAUUUUCUGAGCCGCUUCUCCUCACUAGGGUAGCGGGCGUGCUGGAGCCUAUCCCAGCUGUCAUCGAGCAGGAGGCAGGGUACACUCUGAACUGGUUGCCAGUCAAUCGCAGGGCACAUA